ACAUUUCUCUACACAUUUUUCUUAUCAGUGCAAUGGGAAUGAAUGCAAUUAAAAAUUAUCAACAAAAUUAAAAAAUAUUUGUAAAAAUUUAAAAUCAAGGGAUAUGAACGGCCUGAUCGUCUUCAACAGCGCAAAUGAUGUCGUUUUCCAGCAGCUUAACACAGCACUUGCUGAGCACUUCUUCGCUAAAAACGCUGACCUCUUUCCCGAAAAUGCAACUGCAGCCUCCAUUGAUGGGAAUAUCAUCUUGCAAAUUUUCAGCCCCAUCAUCAAUUCUCAACGUAUUAUGCAUUGCCAAUUCGACAAUACAUAUUCAAGUUUCCAGUGUGACAAUGGACUUAAUUUGGCAUUCGGUGAUUUGCUCGGAUACUCCUUUGUAAAAAUAGGUCAACGUCCAGUAGACACACUCAAGCGUCACCUUGGAGCAGCCAUUGCACUUGCACGUCAUUUUUACGGUGCAAAUUUAUUUGCCACACAAGCGAGCAGCGUACAAGAAGAGCUGCUUUCUACUUGCCUCGAAAGUUAUGAAGAGCAUCUGUGGGAUGAGGAGCAAACUAUGUUGCUGGAGGCGUUGCCACAAUUGCUUAUCAACAAUGAACUGAAGCGUGUGGUGAGCACUGCCCUCGAUGGUGCAUUGGAACAUCUGCGCGAUUUGGGCCAUAACCGUACACAUGCUUUGCUUUUCGCAUCACACAAAUUUGUCGCUUCUACUUCGUCGAAGCAAGCCCUCGCUUUGAGUCCAUGCGAUUUGGUAUUUUUGUCGUUGCUUGCGCGUUCUCUUCAACGUGAUCGGCGACCACUCAACCGUUCCGUGGCCGUGUUUUUAAUUAAGAAUUUAACGCCACCCAAAAAGGUUGUCUAUACCAAUAAUACAGUUAUGACACCAAACUAA